AUGGCUUCUUUUGUUGUUACUGGAACCUCGAGGGGCCUAGGGCUCAGCCUUGUAGAUGCACUCUUAUCAAGACCAUCUUCGGAGGUAUCUCAAAUCAUCGCCUGUACACGCUCGCCAGAUGCUUCGAGCGAUCUAUUAUCUCUGAUACGAUCAUCGAAGGGCCGAAUCAGACAUGUUCAAAUUGAUCUUGACGACUUGGCUACUAUCUCAGCGGCAGUCCCUUUGGUAGCCGAUAUUCUCGGCGAGCAGGGCUUGGACUAUCUAGUCAACAAUGCAGCUGUUCGCGACCCCAAGUUCACUGAACUUGAAGAUAUGGACUUUUUGCCCCAAGCUCUCUCUACCAAUGUGGUUGGGCUUCACGAAGUCAUCAAGUCUUUCUUGCCCCUCCUUAGAAAAGGGAAAGCCAAAAAAAUUGUCAACUUCUCCUCAACCUUGGGGCAAUUGUCAACAGCUCAAACAGACCCAAAGAUGGUCGGCGUGCCAUUCCCAGCCUACAAAAUCAGCAAAGCAGGCACGCAUAUGGUCACUGCAUUGUGGUCGAAUCGUCUCAAAGAGGAGGGUUUCUGUGUCUACAUCCAGAGUCCUGGAAAUUUGAAAACGGAUCUAGCAGGAAAAGAAAGAGCAGAUCUUGCACCUGAAGUUGGAGCUAAAGAAGUAAUACGAAUCGCACUCGAGGCUCGUCCACAGGAUACUGGGAGACAUCGAAAUAUUCUAGUGCCGGGUUGGGAGCAGGGAGGUGGUGUCGGCGGAAGAUAUGAUGGUGAAGAUUUAUAUUGGUGA